UUGUCGAACUGAAAUAUGAAGUAUCACGGUCUAGCAAUCCUAGAGGUCCUCAUUCUCUUUCAGUCAAGUAACCCUUCUUCUUUCUCUCUCCUAUUCACAGAUAAGGAUGAGCCCAGUAGUUACACGUGUACGACCUGCAAGCAUCCGUUCAGCAGUGCCUGGUUCCUGCUCCAGCACGCCCAGAACACCCACGGCUUCCACAUCUAUCUGGAGAGCGAGCCAGGCAGCCCCCUCACCCCCAGGGUAGCCGCCCCGCCCGGGAUGGGGGGUGACUGCACCUCCCAUCCCCCCCUCCACGGUGUCCACCUGGCCGAUGGGAGCCCCUUCAGUCUGCUGAGAUUGCCUGGGUCCGGGUCUGGCCGGGAAGGGGCCGCCUCUGUCCCCCACGAGGGACGCUACCCCAGGACGCCUCCUCUGUUUAGUCCGCCUCCACGGCACCACCUGAGUCCGGAGAACCUGGCGCUGGCCACCCAUCACCCGAGCGCCUUCGACAGGGUGAUGCGGCUCAACUCAGUGGUCCUGGACCCACCACCCGCCAUGGACUUCUCAAGGAGACUGCGGGAGUUGGCGGGUAACCCCACGGGGGCCUCCCCACCCCUGUCGCCCAACAACCCCAGCCCUAUGCAACGGCUGCUGCAGCCCUUCCAGCCGGGCUCUAAGCCCCCCUUCUCAGCCACACCUCCCCUCUCCACCUCCCAGUCGCCCUCGUCCGGCUUCCGCUCCACCCCCAACCCGGCCCAGCCUACCACGCCGCUCAAGGCCAAGUCGUGCGAGUUCUGCGGGAAGACCUUCAAGUUCCAGAGCAACCUGAUCGUGCAUCGGCGCAGCCACACAGGAGAGAAGCCCUACAAAUGCCACCUGUGCAACCACGCCUGCACCCAGGCCAGCAAGCUGAAGCGCCACAUGAAGACGCACUCUCAGAAGAACUCCCUCAAUGCCAAGUCAGAUGACGGCCUGUCCACCGCCAGCUCACCCGACCCGGGCACCAGCGCCCUGGUGGGCAGCGCUACCAGCGCCCUCAAGUCCGUGGUGGCCAAGUUCAAGAGCGAGAACAACGGGCUGCUUGAGAAUGGUGAGGAGGAGGAAGAGGAAGAAGAGGAAGAGGAGGGAGAUGAAGAGGAAGAAGGAGAUGAGGAAGAAGAUGAGGAAGAGGAGGAAGAAGGAGAGGAGGCUGAGGAGGAGAUGGAGACUGAGGAAGGUGAGAAGAAUGAUUAUCAUUUCAGCCUGCUGUUGGAAGGGGCCCGGCACCACCAGAACAGCCAGGCCCUCCACCCCCACUCCCAUCCCCACAGACGGAGCACUCCCCGGGACGCCUGUGAAGAGGACUUGGCACUGGAGUCGGACCGGGCCGACGAGGUCUGUGGCACCACCCCAACGGCCAAUGGCCUGGGUCCUCUCUCUAAUGAGACCCUGACCAGGAAGCUCCUGAUAGGGAGCCCCGGGUCCCUCAGCACCAUGACCAAGCGUAUCAAGGUGGAGAAAGAACUGGAUCCUCCCACGCCCACCAUCCCCAACACAGAUAACGUCUACUCCCAGUGGUUGGCCGGCUAUGCCGCCUCCCGACAACUCAAGGACCCCUUACUCAGCUUUGGAGAGUACUCCACCAGACAAUCGCCCUUCGCCACAUCCUCCGAGCACUCCUCCGAGAACGGCAGCCUGCGCUACUCCACGCCUCCCGAGGAGCUGGAUGGCGGCUGCGGGGCCUCGGGCCACAGCGGGACGGGGAGUGGGGCCAGUACCCCCCACCUGUCAGGGAGCGGCGGGCGCCCCAGCUCCAAGGAUGGCAGCCGGCGGAGCGACACUUGCGAGUACUGCGGCAAGAUCUUCAAGAACUGCAGCAACCUGACAGUGCACCGGCGCAGCCACACAGGAGAGAGGCCCUACAAGUGUGACCUGUGCAGCUACGCCUGCGCCCAGAGCAGCAAGCUCACUCGCCACAUGAAGACCCACGGCCAGAUGGGCAAGGACGUUUAUAAAUGUGAAAUCUGCCACAUGCCUUUCAGUGUGUACAGCACUCUAGAGAAACACAUGAAGAAGUGGCACAGCGAUCAUCCCAUGCCAACCACCCUGGAAAUUAAGACUGAGUAGGGGAGGCAGGGCAGCUCCCUGAUUUGCUGAAUCAUGGCAAAAGGUGGGGAGACGGACAGGGGUUAGACCAGUCAAAAACCCUGUACCUUUGAAAAAGCUGAUCCAUAUUUGGGGCAAUACUAUUGAAUCGGACACAAAAACUUUUGAGCCUUUCUAUUGUGCAAUAAUUUACAUGUUUUGUACUUUUGUAUCUGGACGGCAUGCUCAGUGUGUUUUGGCUACUUAGAGAAAAUUGUCCUUCAUUGGUUGGUUGGUUGUAAUUGUGUUGCUGUUGGUUGGUACUUUUGAUUU